CCUCAUUCACUCACUCAGUCUGACUGCUGCCUCACACUGAGCCCGAUGCGCGCACCGCUCAAUGUUUUGCGUCUCUUUUAUUAUAAAAACACCAGGAUUAUAUCAGCGCUUUUCAAGCAGGAGUGACAGGGACUAACCAUAAAGACUAAAAUAGACCUCAGCACGGGGCACCUGAAGGAAUUUAGGCUUGUUUUCUGUUCGCACACCCGCGAGUUGCGCUCCGUUCCGGGACAAACUUUAUCUAUUCCACGGUGUGGUAAAGCUAGAGUUUGAAUAAAGACAUCACCUACAACAUAUCGUGGUGACACGACACGAAAGUGAGAACCACGGUGAAGACUGUAUGGAGCUAGACAUUUCACGUCCAACCCGGGAAAGGGAAUUAUUUUGUGACACCUUUGUUUGUCCACCACCCUUUUGGAAGUGAUAUUUAUAACGAUUUAUCCAGCAUGGCGUCCAGUCUGACAUACACAGGGAUGAUCUGGGCUCUGGUGUCCCUGCUGAGCGCAGCUGCCUCAUGUGUGGGAUUCUUCAUGCCCUACUGGCUGCUGGGCUCGCAGAUGGGUAAGCCCGUGUCUUUCGGAACAUUUCGCCGCUGUUCAUAUCCCGUCCGAGAUGAGGAGAGGCAGGCCACGGUCAUGCUGGAGGAGUGCGGGCGCUACGCGAGCUUUCAGGGUAUCCCGAGCGUGGAGUGGCGCAUCUGUACAGUGGUGACGGGGAUCGGAUGCGGUCUGUUGCUGCUGGUGGCGCUCACAGCCCUAAUGGGAUGCUGCAUAUCAGAGCUCAUCUCCAGAACCAUCGGACGCGCAGCCGGGGGUAUGCAGUUCGUUGGGGGUCUGCUCAUUGGUUCGGGAUGUGCUCUGUUCCCUCUCGGCUGGGACAGUGAGGAGGUCCAGCAGACAUGUGACAACAGCUCAGAUCAGUAUGAACUUGGCUCUUGUCAGAUCGGCUGGGCGUAUUAUUGCACCGGGGCGGGCGCUGCCUCUGCCAUGUUACUGUGCACUUGGCUGGCCUGUUUCGCUGGGAAGAAACAAAAGCACUACCCGUAUUAAAAUAACCAGGAACAGCCUCAAGCAGGACGGAUGCCUUAGACCCAACAGAGACCGGCUCUACUGCCCGAGGCAUGACAUCUUUCCUCCAUUACUCUACAGUCAUAGAGACUCUUGUUGCUCAUGAAUGUUUGUGAGCAUGAACUUCUUGAAGAGGCAAGACUAUUUACAGCACAUUCAGUGCUUUCACAAACCAGAGAGUGUUUGAUGCAAAAGGACCAAGUAUCAGUUUAUGACCAAUGUUGUGUGUGUACUUAUUUUUUGUAGUUUUUUUCUUUUGCAAUUUAUAUUUUAAACGUGAGCUCUGGAUCAGGUAUUAAAAAGUGUACUUGAAGUCUGUAUAUACAGUAAGUUUAUACAGCUACGUACCACGUGACUACUUAGUUGAACACACAUUUGAAGAUUUUUGCAAAUGUUGGCAUUUUGUCGACGUUAGCUUGAGAAAAGCAGUACAGAGACAUGUAAAAAUUCCCUUUACAUGCUUGAAAACAAAUGAUAAACAUACUCACCUCCUGAAAAGGUAAAUAUUGAAAUGAUAAUACAUUAAACACUUUAGGAAUGCAUUUUAUAUAGACUUAAAGUAAAAUAUAACCAAAAGCUAUAUUCAUCACGAUUGUUUGUUUAUUUUCA